UUACAAAAACUUAUUAUUUUCAAACAAAAACAAGUAUCCAUAGAUAUUCACUACAACACAGAAUAGUGAACACUAUAGUCACCGCACACUGCACAGCCCACAGGUCAAGUCUGCAGCUGUUCAUUUCACGAUAAAUUCAUUAUACUUCUCCAAUAUCAAUAUGUCUUCGGGUUGUUGUGGAACAAACACAAAGAAACAAAAGCUCAAUCAUCAUCAUCAAGUUUCCUUAGAUGUUAAUGGUGGUAGUGGAAGUGCGUCUACAGCUCCUUUAGAUGGUCCUGUAGAGAAGAUUACCAGUCCUGAAAUGGGGUACUUUUGUUUCGAUACACUCUAUUCAUAUCUAAACAGUUUGGAACCUCCCAAAAAUCCUGAUUUCACAAACGACCCAUUUCCACUGUUUGUAACAUGGGAGAUCGGCAAGGACAAAAAGCUAAGAGGUUGUAUCGGAACAUUCAAUUCUAUUGCUUUACACAGUGGUUUACGCGAAUAUGCCAUAACAAGCGCAAUGAAAGAUUCUCGGUUCAGACCAAUUUCAAACGACGAAAUAAACAGGUUGCAUGUAACCGUAUCGAUAUUGUUACACUUCGAGGAAGGCAAAGAUUUCAACGAUUGGGAAAUAGGCGUGCAUGGAAUACGAAUUGAAUUUCAUAAUGAACGUGGAAUGCGACGCACUGCUACUUAUUUACCAGAAGUGCCUGAAGAGCAAGGUUGGGACAAAAUUCAAACCAUUGAUUCUCUUCUACGCAAAGGUGGUUAUCGUGGUCCAGUAACAGCAGAAACUCGACGUUCCCUUAAGCUAACAAGAUACCAAAGCGAAACUGUGUCAGUCAGCUAUCAAGACUAUAUGAGCCAUUUACAAACUGUGCGUUGCUAGCAACAACUUUGGGACCAACGGCAUUUCAUGGUCCCCCGAAUUUUCGAACCAUCACUGCCAUUCAAUAUUCAAAAACAUCCUUGAAACUAUCUUAUUGUGCAUCGCAUUGAUUUUAUUUCCAACCUAAAUUGCCAGUAUAUUAUUAUUACUAAGUUAGGUUCGUGAUUAAUAUUUAUUUAUUAUAAGACGGAACUCUUCGAAAAA